AUGUAUGUAAGUACCAACUUAAUCCAUUUAAAAAUUAUCUUUUUGCAAUUUAAGCAAGGAUGUGACAUUCUAGUUGCCACACCUUUGCGACUUAUAGAAAUGAUGAAAAAUUCUGUUAUUAAUUUGAGUCAGAGUACUUUUGCUGUAAUGGAUGAAUCUGAUAGACUACUUGAUAGUAGCUUUGCCCAUCAAACUGGGGAAAUAAUUACACAACUUCCGGCAAAAGAGGAAAGAACAACUGUAAUGUUCUCUGCAACUUAUACGAAUAAAGUUGUUGGAUUGGUAGAACAAUUUCUUAGAAAUGAUCAUGUUAAACUGACAAUCACCCGAUCUUUACCACCAAAUCUACAUCAAUUGUUUUAUUGGGUUGUCGAGACUGCAAAAUAUGAAUGGCUUAAGUGGGUGCUUACUAAGCAAAUAGACUUGAAUAAAUCUAAAGUUGUUGUUUUUUCAAACAAAAAACGUACUUGUGACAGUAUACAAAAUCGACUGAAGAAAGAUCAGUUCAAUUGUUUGGCAUUUCACGGUGAUGUUGGUCUAAAGGAAAGAAAGGAAAAUUUGAGCAUAUUUAAAAACGGAAGAGUACGACUCUUAAUUGCCUCAGAUGUACUUGCGAGAGGGAUAGAUAUUGGUGAUAUUACACAUGUUAUUAACUUUGAUACUCCUGAAGGUGGGUAUUUCAUUCGUUUUCCGGUCAACUUUCUGCAAUUCGUUUUUAUUAAAUUUUACCACGCUUAUAAAUCGGUUUAG